AUGGGUAACAUCCUGGAGGAGAUCGCAGCGCAGCGCCGUCUGGACGUGGCGGCCGCCAAGCAGGUCAUAUCCGCCGAUGAUCUGGCCAAGAAGAUCGAGCACGCGGAGGUCGUUUUCGGCUCGACCCUGCCCGUGCUUGACCGCCUUAACGCACCCACGAGAGAGGGGUGGUCCGACGUGGCUCUGGCUGCCGAGUUUAAGCGUGCGAGCCCCAGCAAAGGUGACAUCGCCACGGAGCUCAAUCUGCGUGAGCAAGUGCAGGCCUACGCCAACGCAGGUGCCAGUAUGAUCUCCGUACUGACAGAGCCCAAGUGGUUUAAGGGAUCGCUAGACGACAUGAGGGCAGCCCGGGAGGUGGUCGAGGGCAUGAGUCAGCGUCCUGCCAUCCUGCGCAAGGAUUUCAUCAUCGACGUGUACCAGUUGCUGGAGGCCCGCGCUUACGGAGCGGAUUGCGUGUUGCUCAUCGUUGCGCUGCUGUCCCAGGAGCAGCUUAUCGAGCUCAUUGACGCCACCCACAAUCUCGGUAUGUGCGCUCUGGUCGAGGUGAACAGCAUCCAGGAGCUGGACAUCGCUCUGGCUGCGAGGGCUCGACUCAUUGGCGUCAACAACCGCGAUCUCCGCACGUUUAAGGUAGACAUGAACACGACGGCUCGCGUUGCAGACGCUAUUCGUGAGCGUGGGCUUUCGCUGGGACGUGACGGCGUUACGCUCUUUGCUCUCAGUGGCAUUCGCUCGCACGCAGACGUGGUCAAGUACGAGAAGUGCGGCGCCCGGGGCAUCUUGGUGGGCGAGUACUUGAUGAAGAGUGGUGAUAUUGCCGCGACGGUGAAGGAUCUCUUGCAGAAUGUGACGCGUCACACCGAGUCGGGCGAAUUCGCUUUGGCUCCUCCGCUUGCCAAAGUGUGCGGCGUCACGACAGUGGAGUACGCGCUGGCGGCCUUGCGUAAUGGUGCCAAUAUGAUUGGUAUCAUCAUGGCGGAACACUCACCCCGCUAUGUCCAAGUGGAGGAAGCCAAGGCCAUUGCCCAGGCUGUGUGGGAGUAUGGGGAGCGCACGGGCCCUAUUCUCUCAGACAUUGUGGAGACUCACUUGGACGGCAAGAACGACUGGUUUCAUAGAAAUGUCCUUGCGUUGCGUGAAGCUUGCUCGCGUGCACCUCUCGUGGUCGGAGUGUUUGUCAACAAGACAGCUGCCGAGAUGAACGCGACUGCAAAGGAAAUCGGACUGGACUUGGUACAGCUACACGGCGACGAGGGGUUUCAGAUCUGCAGGGACAUUAAGUACCCCACCAUUCGCGCGUUGCAUCUGCCCGACACCACGCUCUGCGACGGCGUGGACGCAGAAGCCGUUCUACAGCAGGUUCAGGAAGGCCUUGCCAACUACAUUCUGCUUGAUACGACCGUGAAGGGUCAGCAGGGCGGCACUGGCGUCACAUUCGACUGGAAGAUUGCAGCCAUCUUUGCGCAGGCACGACUUCCCUGCCUCAUGGCUGGUGGCCUUACCCCUGAGAACGUGGUGAAGGCUCUAUCGGUCGGUCACCCCGUUGGGGUGGAUGUUAGCAGUGGAGUGGAAGUGAAAGGUUCACCUGGUGUGAAGGAUAUGGACAAGGUGACUGCGUUCCUAAAGGCUGUGAAGGAUUACCUCUCGAUUGCUACGCUUAAGAUCGAGGAGGAGACGGAAACCUAGAGAGAGACCCUCGGAGUGUUCUAAUCAAUGAGGGCCACUAAUGAAGUGCUUUUACGUUACGAGCUUGGAUGC